AUGGCGUCCUCGUCUCGCAAGCCACGCAUGGGGAGCCAGUCCAACAUCAUGUUUACAAAUGCGGUAUACUACCCAAGCUCUGCACUCUACGCAGAAGACACCCCCGGCCAGCUGAACUACAGCUGCAUCAGCCUUGUGUACUAUGCAUUUGCCAAGGUGACAUUCGAGGGAAUUGUCUUUGUAAGUCGUCACCAUAUUUUCAGGGGGGCGGGGCCAGAUGACAAGGCUGACGACCGGAUGCAGCUGAGCGACGAAUGGGCCGACGCCGGAGCGCCGUGUGAUGGCGUGCAGGGAGCACUGGGGUCUCUGAUGCACCGCAAGCAGGAGCACCACCAUCUGCAGGUAGUGCUCUCGAUCGGCGGUACCGAGUCGGCGGCGGUGUUUCCGAGCGUCGCAGCCGAUCCGAUCCGACGAGACAACUUUGCGAGAUCGGCUCUGGGUCUGGUCGAUGCUUCGGGGCUGGACGGCAUCGACAUCAAUUGGGCCUAUCCCAGCGACGCCCAGCAAGGAGCAGACUUUCUCGCCCUGCUCGGACAGGUGCGCAUGUAUCUGACCGAGGACAAGUACGUAGUGACGGCGUCUCUGCCCGCCAACAAGGACUACCUGCAGGUGCUGGACCUCCGGCAUGUAGCCGGCUACGUGGACCUGGUCAACCUGGCCGCCUACGAUCUGUACGGACCGUGGUCCCCCAAGUGUGGGCACCAGGCUCAGCUGUAUGCCGUCGGCAAGGACGAGAAUUCAGGCGCCUCGGCCGUGCAGCACCUCAUGUCGCAGGGCGUGCCGUCCAAGAAGAUCCUCCUCGGCAUCCCGCUCUACGGCCGCAGCUUUCUCGACACCGCCGGCCCCGGCCACAGCUUUUCGGCUGCCGGUGGCAUGGAGGACGGCACCUUUGAAUAUCGCGAGCUGCCCCGACGGGGAGCCCGGGAGCACACCGACAAGCGCGUCGUUGCGGCGCAGUGCGUCGGUGGUGACGGCGGCUUUGUCAGCUACGACAAUCCCGAGACCGUUCGCCUGAAGGCUGCUUUUUGCAAGCAGAAGUCGCUGGGGACAGCAAGCGAAGUCUGA